UUAUCCGUAUCAGUCCGUGUCCGUCAGUCCCCGCUCGCCACUGCUCUCUUGCCUCUGGUCUGAUCGGAUCAGAUCACCCGCCACCCCAUGGCCGCCGACCGCCGCUUCAAGAUCUUCGCGGCCGCCGACGGCUUUGGCCAGCCGCUCAAGGACGCCGUCGUCGCGCACCUCCGCGCGCACCCGGCCGUCGCCGAGGUCGUCGACCUCGGCGUCGACAAGUACUACGCCGCCGCCGCAGCCGUCGCCCGCCAAGUCUCCUCCUCCGAUUCGGCCGGCGCCCCCGAGGUCCGCGGCGUCGUCGUCUGCGGCACGGGCGCCGGCGUCUGCAUCUUCGCCAACAAGUACCCGCGCGUGUACGCCACGCACUGCGCCGCCCCCGCCGACGCCGUCAACACCCGCUCCAUCAACGCCUGCAACGUCCUCGCGCUCUCGGGGAUGGCCACGCCGCCCGAUGCCGCCGCCGCCAUCGCGGACGCCUGGCUCGCCACGCCCUUCCGCGCCCCCUGCCCGGCCUCCGGCGACACGCCCUGGCCGGAGGACAUCCAGCGGUUCUUCGACACCGCGCCGGACGAGAUGGCCGCCAUCCCCGAGGCCGAGGGCGCCCCCGACUCCGCCUGCGCCAUCUGCUGCCUCAGGAACGGGAUGGAGUUCGAGCCGGUGGGGAUAAUGCCCGGGAGCGAGAUGCGGAUCGUGCGGGAGAGCCCCACCUCGGCGUACGUACGGUUCAAGGCCGGCAGCGUGGAGCCAGCGCACCACCACACCUUUGGCCACGACCUGGUGGUCAUCAAGGGCAAGAAGAAGGUCUGGAACCUCACCAAGGAGGAGAGCUACGACCUGGUGGACGGAGAUUUCCUCUUCACUCCGGCCGGGGACGUGCACAGGGUGAAGUACUUCGAGGACACGGAAUUCUUCAUCCGAUGGGAUGGGCACUGGGACAUCUUCUUAGAUGAGGAUCUCGACACCGCACGUAGUGCGAUUGAUGCAGAGCUUGGAGCAGGCAGCAACGGCAAGUGAGGUGACUGCAUCUUGUGCGGUAAUGGCAAUGCUUCUGAAGUUACAUGCCCUCAUUAUCUUGGUCUUGCAAAGUUGCGAUGUUGGUUGCUAUAUAUAGUUGUUUUGUCAUCUCGGUUUGCGAUGUUGUGCAUUAUGAUGAUAGCAAACUGUACAAUACAAUGACUGAAUAAAACUGCAUAUGCAAGGUUGCUAGUCGUGGUUGUUCUUGGAACUGGUUUCAUGUUUAUGGAAGCUAUAUGUUUUAUGUCA